AUGCGCAGACGUGCCUUCUUGAGUGGGGAUUGGUGGGCGACGGGGCGGACGGGGCGGGACGGGGCGGGACUCCCGUCUCGGCGCACGCUCUGUGGGCGCAGGGGGCGGAGCUGCCGGUACCAGUUGGUCCAAGUGUUGGGGCCUGAGGCGUCCUCCCGAUCCCUCCCACUCCCAGCGCCUCUAACGGCAGACGAUUCAUCAAGAAUUUUGUAUCCAAGGCCCAAAAGUUUGUUACCCGAGAUGAUGAAUGCCGACAUGGACGCAGUUGAUGCUGAGAAUCAGGUGGAGUUGGAGGAAAAAACGCGACUUAUUAAUCAAGUAUUGGAACUUCAACACACACUGGAAGACCUCUCUGCAAGAGUAGAUGCAGUUAAGGAAGAAAAUCUGAAGCUAAAAUCAGAAAACCAAGUUCUUGGACAAUAUAUAGAAAACCUCAUGUCAGCUUCUAGUGUUUUUCAAACAACUGAUACAAAAAGCAAAAGAAAGUAAGGGAUUGACAUCCCUUCUGUUUUAUGGAAUUGCUGCUGAUCUUUUUUUCUUUAAAACUUGGAUAGAUUCAAAAAGUUAUAGUACUUUUGUUUGUGGCUUAAUUGAAUAUUUAUGAAGAUAAUAUCAGAUCUAGGCAAAAUUAAGAGCAUAACAGAAGACUUCCAUGAGUUUGUGUAUAAUAUGUUAGUCUAUGAAAAUGUGCAAAUGUAUUGUAGAGAAUUUAUAAUUAGAAAUGCAUAUAUUUAUGAAACUUGAAAAUGAAUGUUUUAUCAAAUUUGCUUUGGUUUAUAGGUUUAGCACUGUCUUUUAUUAUAGGCAUAUUAAGAGAUACAAGAAAAUAACCACCUUGUUGUGAAAAGUGACCAAAAUCAUGUACUGAACGCACAGCUUUAUGUACCCUGUCCACCAUGUUGUGCCUCUUCUCCAUUUGCUUCUUCCUUCACAUUUCCCUUCCCCUAAGGAAAAACUUGGUUUCACAUUUGUAGAAGUAAUUUUAACAGUUAAUCAUCUGUGAGAGUAACCUGAACUUGAAUUGUUGAAACUUAACCAAAAUAAGGUACGUUCUCAGUUAGGGCUUGUCAGAGUUAAUAAGAUAGGAUUGUCGGGUUCUCUUUAAUCGAUUGAAAACAGAGGCCAUAAGUAUGAAGACUUUUCUUUGCAACUGAGUGAUCAAAUUGGGAAGGUUGUUAAAAACUUCCUUUUGCACAAAUAAUGCACUUGGUAUCUGAAAAGGUGAGCUCUGAUUACACACUUGAAAUAGAAAAUUUUGAGGAAAACAAAAAUCGGAUGGGAAGAGUACUUGGCAAACAGUAGCAAUCAGCUCCAAAUGUUUUCACCUCAGAUUUGUGCUCUCUGGCACAGACGACAUCUUUUGGGGAGUAUAUGGAUAUGAAAGUAGAAUAAAUGUGACUAACCUUAGGUCCACUACAUCUAGAAGAGAACAGUUGCAAAGAAUUUAGUCUCAAGAUUUAUUUGUGGUACCCAGCAACUCAACUUUUGCAAAAUCCCUUGAGAGUGUAUUAGUAUGAGAAUCAUGAACAAAACGGAGAAGUUUUUACAUAUAUACUAAGUGAUAUUUUCUCAGUAUUUUAAUCUCACUACUUCUCCCAGAAUUUUCUGUAAACCCUAAGUACUUGGUUUGAAGAGUUUGUCACUCUUUGACAGUUUCAAAAAAUUUAGUUUGUAGAUUCCAUUUGGUAAGAAAAUUAGGAUCAGAAGUAAUCUUAAAAUGUUAAAUAGGAAGAGAGAUCCACUAAUAUAGUUUUGGUUAUUAGAUUUGGGCUACUUUUAAUCAUGGAAUAAUCUUACGUUUGUAUUGGUGUAAGAUUUGAUGAAUGACUUUAGCUCUAUGAAUAGUUAUACUGCAAACAUUUGCAUCCCUUUUGUGACCUAAUUUACAAACAUUUAAACUUGUGUUGCAGUUUUGCUUUACUGUUUAAUAAAAAGCUGUUUCAGAGA